AUGACUGUGCGCAGUCAGACGACGACGUCGUCCGUUCCCGGCGAGACAACAUUGCGCAAGUUGAUUAACUCGCCUUACCCGCACAGUUUCGGUGCCCAGCCUGCCAACGUUUUGCUCCAUGGAUUCGCAACCGCCCUGCAACGCGUUGUGGACAUAUCCGAUCGGACGCGCAACCGCCUGACAGUGUACCUUGAAGCAGCCAAUGACAGCGUGCUCCGUGGUGUUGACCUGGAAGUAAACCCCCAGCAGUACCUCUACGCUCUGUACUUUCAGUCGGUGAACUCGAUCAUCCAGAACGCUUCCCAUUUUACACCUGGCGACGUACCAGAGGGCAACUGGACGAUCGCCACAUCCGUCGGUGGUGGGCGAGGGGUGGAGUAUCGAGUGGGGGACGAGUUGGUGACUGUUAUUGAGAUCAAGCCCUCGUCAGCAGCCGGCGACCGCAUGAUCCUUUGUGACAUGCCAGAGGCCGCACCAGACGCCUUCGUUUCCAAAAACGCCCACCAGCAGCCCAUCGGUGUGAAGAUUGGGGAGGCACCCCACACCCUCGUAGGCGGCCAUCUCUUCCAUCUCUGGACGCAACUGGCCUCGCGUGAGAUCCAGUAUUCAACGUUCACCAAUGGCAACGCCUGGCUACCCCUUCGCGUGAUGGAUCGAGUCAACGUCCUGGAUACGGGACUGACCUGUGCGGACCAAGCAGGACCGUUUGAUCCCCUCAAGACACCAUUCGGGUACCUGCUGGCGUUGAGCCUGCUGCCGGCAGGACAUUACUCUCGGCCGCUUCCACCACCCAUUCCAGUUCCACCAGCACGGGUGACACCCGCCGCCGCACCUGGACUCCACACAGACCCUGCCAUCGAUAGCGUCUCGAGCUCAACCUACGACUCAGUCUACGAACCACCCACGAGUGGGGUCCGUAGCGAUCUAGAUCAGCGGGGCGCGUAUGCCGUCCUAGACUCUGAGCCGAUACCGCGGUCAAGGCCUUGUUCGCGCAGAGCCAACUCCCAUUUCUUCAACCCAUCGCCGUCUACCUCGCACAGCAGUCCUUCCAAGUCUUCUUCCAACUUGCCUGGCGAGGGCCAGAAUUUGCUUCGUCAAUCGUUCCCGCGCUCGAUCACGAUUGAGCUUGUGGACGAGGUCCUGGGACCGCACUCACUGGACAUGAUCGAUAUCACCAGUAGCGCUGGUGUAGUCCUCACCAAAGUCGACAACGGCGAUCUUGAGGCGUGCGUAAACCUGGUGACGCCAAGUACCCUCGCUCCUGCACCCAUCUCGGUGUCCGACACCACGGCCACGAUGGCCAUCUCUCGCGGCCUUGGGCGCGGCGGUACAUCGGACGUGUACGCGGCGACGCUCGCCGCGGCACCUAUCGCGGCCAAGCUGUCUUUCCCCUUUUCCGAGGCGAUGCGCCAAAACGCAGACUCGACAACGAUGCUUUCGGCGAGUCACAUUGCCGAGCUUGAGGUUCCAGUGAGAUACCAUCUAGCAAACGAGGCGCGCGUGCUUGGCGGGCCUCUCUCGGCACUGCACGGGGAGGCGGUGCCCCAGUUCUUUGGCACCUACCGCGGUAUGGCGCCCGCAUCGGCAUACUCUCAGCAGUGGGCGCUUGCGCCUACGGGGCCCCUCGAGUUGUGGGCCACGCUCGUGCAGCGCACCGAGCCAACCAAUGUCGAGACGAUGACCCACGUCGACAAGCUCGAGGUCGUAGCCCGCUACCGGCAGAUCCACGACGCAGGCGUCAUACACGGGGACGUUGCCCCGCGCCACUGGCGCCGCUCGGCUGCGGGCCGCAUGCUCAUUAUCGACUUUGGCCACGCGACUAUGCGUGAGGACCUCCAUGAAGCUGACUUUGAGGGCCUGUAG